AUGGGUUGGGGAGUACUAGAAGAUAAGAGAUACCCCAAUAUCCCGGGGACAGUCAACCUCAAUGAGAAAGUCGAUGCGUCUAAGCUCGAGGACUGGGAAUAUGAGGAGCCAAAGAAGAGAGGGGAUAUUGUCCUCCAACCACAGCCGUCAGACUCGCCCAAUGAUCCUCUCAACUGGUCGAUGGGGACAAAAAUCACUAUCCUCAUGAUACUUUCCUUGACAGCUGGUGUUACCGUCUCACUUGGUCCUAUGAUCACUACCGGCUUCGAUGAGAUUGCUUCCACUUUCCAUGUUUCCGCAGAUCAGAUAUCGUUCAGCAUCGUCGGACUCUUACAACUUACGACUGGUGCCGGAACAUUCUUUACGGCAGCAGCGGCUGUAGUAUGGGGCAAACGACCAGUCUUCAUCAUUGCUACGAUUGCUUUGUUAGGAACUAGUGCUUGGGGAUUCUUCGCCGCUAGCUUUAUUUCAUUAACUAUCAUGAGAGUAGUUCAAGGUUUCGCUGCUGCCCCUUUUGAAACUCUCAUCAGCGCCACAGUAUCCGAGAUAUUCUUCGUCCACGAGAAAGGGAAGAUGUUGAGUAUUUGGAACUUGUUUGUCAUGGGAGGUGUCAAACUCGGACAACUCAUUGCUGGGUUCAUCAUCCAAAACUUAGGCUUCAAAUUCACAUUCGGAAUAUGCGGCCUUCUCUACGCAGGCAUUCUCCCCGCCAUGUAUUUCUUCGUCCCCGAGACCGUCUUCUUCGACAAAGACCGCGAAACCGAAGUCAUCUUCGACAAGUCUUCUCUACGCGUAUACGAGAUUGUGCUUCCAGAUCCACCGAAAACCUACCGCCAGCGUCUCACCAUCUUUCAAGGCCGCGUCUCUAAAGCAGGCUUCUGGCGCAUGUCCUUCAAGCCGCUCCCCCUCAUCACAUUCCCCGUUGUCAUAUACGCCGCUUUCACAUAUUCAUUCUACGCCGCUGGUCUCACUCUCAUCGCCCUACUCCAAGACACCAUUUUCUCCGCAGCCCCUUACAACCUCUCCUCUUCCGCCAUCGGCCUCACCAACCUCCCGCUCUUCGCUGUUGGUCUCGUCGGCACCCUCACCGCAGGAUACUGCGCCGAUUUCGUCGUCCAACUCAUGACCAGGCUGAACAACGGCAUCUACGAGCCUGAAUUCCGCCUCGUCCUCAUGUUCGUCGCCGCGACUCUGUCCACCACCGCUUACGUCGGUUUUGGAUUCAGCGUCGCGGCCGGCGCCCCCAUCUACAUCCCCAUCGCCUUUCUCGGCGUGCAAACCUUCGCCGUCCCAUUCGCUACAAGCUCCAUGUUCACGUACGUUAUGGAUUGCCAUAAUAACCAUGCUGCGCAGGCAUUCGUCACCAUGAACUUCGUCAAGGCACUGCUGUCGCUAGUCAUGAGUAACUUUGUCAAUGGAUGGUUUGAGACAAGCGGUCCCAAGAGCGUGUUCUUGAUUGUGGCGAUUGCGAAUCUGGCUGUGAGCGCAGCGUCUCUCCCAAUGUAUAUUUUUGGAAAGAGGUUGCGGAGCAAGAUUGCCAGGAGUGCGUUUCAUCAAAAGAUUUAA